CGCGGGGGCGGGAGGAUGGCGGGGGGAGGGGGAGGGGCCGGGAAGGUGAAGGCGGGGAGCCGGCCGCCGUGGGUGGGGCUGGCGGCGGCGGUGUGGGUGCAGAUGGCGGCGGGGAGCGCCUACGUGUUCCCGCUCUACUCGCACGCCAUCAAGGAGGCGCUGGGGUACAACCAGAAGGCGAUCACCAUGCUCGGCGUCGCCAACGACAUCGGCGAGAACGUGGGGCUCGUCCCCGGCGUGCUCGCCAACCGCCUCCCGCCGUGGUUCAUCCUCGUCGUCGGCUCCGCCUGCGCCCUGCUCGGCUUCGGCACGCUCUGGCUCGCCGUCACCAAGACCCUCGUCAUGCCUUACUGGGUGUUGUGCAUAGCCUUAUGUAUUGGCACAAACAGCAGCGCAUGGUUGGGCACCGCAGCGCUUGUGACCAAUAUGAGGAAUUUUCCUCUCAGCCGGGGAACUGUUGCUGGUCUGAUCAAGGGCUAUGUUGCAGUCAGUGCUGCCGUCUACACAGAAACAUUUAAUGGAAUGCUUCAGAACUCUCCCACAAACCUUUUGCUAUUGCUUGCUCUGGGGAUCCCCACUGCAUGUGUUCUGGUGAUGUAUUUUGUUAGGCCUUGUACUCCAUCACUGGAUGAGGACAACGCAGCAGAGCACAGCCAUUUCAUCUUCACGCAGAUCUCUAGUGUGGUUCUCGGUGUAUAUCUUAUGGUAGCUACAAUACUUGGUGAUACUUUGAAACUAAGUGACACUAUUACCUACAUUUUGUUUGGUAUAAUGAUACUUUUGCUCCUUGCUCCACUUGCAAUACCAAUAAAAAUGACUCUGUAUCCAAACAAACCAAAAAGGGAAAAGACCAGCACCCUUUCACCAUCUUAUUCGACUGAUAGUUUAUCUGGUCCAGAUCAAGAAAAUUCAGAACCACUUCUUGGUGUCACUUCAACAUAUGUCACUGGAGCCAACGAUUCAGAUGAGGCUACCGAUGUGGAUCUUCUUUUGGCUGAGGGUGAGGGAGCAGUGAAUUUGAAAAAGAGAAGAGGGCCAAGAAGGGGAGAUGAUUUCACAUUCCUAGAAGCCUUGGUUAAGGCAGAUUUUUGGCUACUGUUUAUUGUGUACUUCUGUGGAGUUGGAACUGGUGUCACUGUUCUGAACAACCUAGCUCAGGUUGGGAUGGCUGUUGGUGCAGAUGAUACCACUAUCUUGUUGUGCCUCUUUGGCUUCUGCAACUUUGUUGGCCGUAUCCUUGGUGGAUCUAUCUCUGAAUAUUUCGUAAGGUCAAGAAUGCUUCCUCGCCCUUUCUGGAUGAUGUGCACACAGAUAAUCAUGGUGAUAACCUUCCUCCUUUUUGCAACUGGUCUUCAUAGCUUGAUUUAUGUCAGUACUACAUUACUGGGCUUGUGCUAUGGGGUCCAGUUCGCUGUCAUGAUACCAACCGUCUCGGAACUUUUUGGACUGAAAGACUUUGGGUUGAUGUACAACUUCAUGUUAUUAGUGAAUCCCCUAGGCGCAUUCUUCUUCUCAGCUCUUCUUGCUGGUUAUAUCUAUGACAAGGAGGCGGCAAGGCAGCACCCGGGCGUGCUGGAACCUUCAACCUGCUUGGGGCCUGACUGUUUCAGGCUUACCUUCUAUAUUUGUGCCUUCGUUUGUUGCUGUGGAACCCUAGUGAGUGUAUUUUUCAUAGCAAGGAUAAAACCGGUUUAUCAGAUGCUCUAUGCAAGCGGAUCGUUCAGACAUCCUCGGAGUCAACAGCAGCUCCACUGAUGUCGCUUAGGCUGUCAUCAAGGUAAAAGCUAUGAAGUUUGCGCAUGAACAGAAACGUAUUUUGGAGGAAAUUAUCAGCCCGGUGUCUAUAGUUGGCCUUCUUAUCGCAUCAUAUUCCAGUGCCGUAUUGUUCUACUGUUGCUUGAUUGGUCGUUAUUGGAUGGGAGAGUUUAUUUUGAUGUCAAUGUAACUGUUCUGUAAAGCUUGCGAUCAUAGAAGUUACUAGCAUACGGCCGGCUGUCAAAAGGGAUGAAACUUGGGGGGUGCGUAUACAUGUGGCAGUUCUUGUACAUCAAGUUUGAAAAUGUUGUACAUUAUCUUCUUCUCCCAACGUUGAUACUUUGUUAAUACACGAGUUUCAUGAAUCUGGUUAUGUAUAUCUCUCUUCUCCUGA